AUGAAAGAAAAGUUGUAUCAACUGAAAAGAAAAAGGAGAAGGCAUGAUGGUGAUGAUGAUGAUGAUGAUGAUGAUGAUGCUUUGGACGAUGAUGAUGAUGAUAAUGAUGAUGAUGAUAAUGAUGAUGAUGAUGAUGAUGCUUUGGAUGAUGAUGAUAAUGAUGAUGCUUUUGAUGAUGAUGAUGAUGCUUUGGAUGAUGAUGAAGAUGAUGCUUUGGAUGAUGAUGAUGAUGCUUUGGAUGAUUAUGAUGAUGAUGAUGAUGAUGAUUUGGAUGAUGAUGAUGAUAAUGAUGAUGAUGAUGAUGAUGAUGAUGCUUUGGAUGAUGAUGAUGAUGCUUUUGAUGAUGAUGAUGAUGCUUUGGAUGAUGAUGGUGAUGAUGCUUUGGAUGAUGAUGAUGAUGAUGAUGAUUUGGAUGAUGAUGAUAAUGAUGAUGCUUUUGAUGAUGAUGAUGAUGCUUUGGAUGAUGAUGAUGAUGCUUUUGAUGAUGAUGAUGAUGCUUUGGAUGAUGAUGGUGAUGAUGCUUUGGAUGAUGAUGAUGAUGAUGAUGAUUUGGAUGAUGAUGAUAAUGAUGAUGCUUUUGAUGAUGAUGAUGAUGCUUUGGAUGAUGAUGAUGCUUUUGAUGAUGAUGAUGAUGCUUUGGAUGAUGAUGAUGAUGAUGAUGAUUUGGAUGAUGAUGAUAAUGAUGAUGCUUUUGAUGAUGAUGAUGAUGCUUUGGAUGAUGAUGAUGAUGCUUUUGAUGAUGAUGAUGAUGCUUUUGAUGAUGAUGAUGAUGCUUUGGAUGAUGAUGAAGAUGAUGCUUUGGAUGAUGAUGAUGAUGCUUUGGAUGAUUAUGAUGAUGAUGAUGAUGAUGAUUUGGAUGAUGAUGAUGAUAAUGAUGAUGAUGAUGAUGAUGAUGAUGCUUUGGAUGAUGAUGAUGAUGCUUUUGAUGAUGAUGAUGAUGCUUUGGAUGAUGAUGGUGAUGAUGCUUUGGAUGAUGAUGAUGAUGAUGAUGAUUUGGAUGAUGAUGAUAAUGAUGAUGCUUUUGAUGAUGAUGAUGAUGCUUUGGAUGAUGAUGAUGAUGCUUUGGAUGAUGAUGAUGAUGCUUUGGACGAUGAUGGUGAUGAUGCUUUGGAUGACGAUGAUGAUGAUGAUGAUGAUGGUCGUGGUUUUGGUGGUGGUAGUGUUUUUGGUUGUGGUGGUUUGUAA